UGAUCACAAUGAUUACUGAAAUGUCAAACAACAUGAAUAUUGUUGGAAUAUAAGUUUUAGAUUUUUCAGUAGAAGAUAACUGAAAGAUGACCGAACAAGUGAAAAAGGGCAAACCUGCAGCGCAAAUCGAGGAAUCAGUGCAACGUUUAACAUAUCGCCAUUUUCUCAUGCCAAUCAUAAUAAUUUUGAUGAUUUAUGGAAAUGUUGUUCUGGGUACUGCUGAGACGCAGUAUGGAUAUUAUGCUGUUCAACGACAAAAAAAUAUCACCAGUGUUGUAUCUGAUUCCCGCCAAUCAUUAUGUGAAGCGAAUUCUUCAUCUAUCCGUUUCAAACAGCAACAAGAAAUACAGUCAAUAACUGCAAACUGGAAUGCGUAUUGCCAUUUGGCUCAAAGUAUUCCAGUGCUUUUAAUGUCUUUAUUGGUUGGAUCAUGGGGAGACAAAAUUGGACGCAGAGCAGCAUUAAUUGUUCCUACAUUUGGUUUGUUUUUUAAGGCAGCUUUUUUCGCAAUAGCAAUAAAACUUGAGUGGAAUAUUUACACAUUUAUUAUUGCUUUUUUUGUUGAUGGAUUAUGUGGCAUGUGGAUAACUUUAAUAGCUGCUGCAUAUUCUUUUGCUGCAGAUUUGACUAAAUAUGGAAAAAGUCGAUUAUUUGGAAUUAUCAUGAUUGAAUUAACACUUGGAAUGGGUGUAACCAUAGGCGCUUUAAGCUCAGGCUAUGUGAUUAAGUAUUUGGGAUUUUUUUACGGAUCUGUUUUAAUUGUUGGUGUUACUUGCUUUAUUGCUUUUCUUAUAAUAUUCCUUCCAGAAAGUGUACAGACUACAGAAAAAUUAACAAGUAUUUCUCAGAUAGAAUAUCUAAAAAAAUCAAUAUCAUUUUAUACUAAGAAUGAUCCUUUGAGAUACAAAUAUAUUAUCCUGGCAGUCGUUUUUGCCCUUAAUGUAACACCAGCUAUUGGUAGAAUUAACGUUCAAUCGUUAUACGUUUUAAACUCUCCAUUUUGUUGGAAUGCUGUGCUUAUUGGACUGUUUGGAGCAUUAAGAAGUUUUGUCCAGAUGAUAGUCGGUGUAGGGCUUUCUCGUCUUGUGUAUAAAUGUAUGUCAAAGAGAGCUAUGAUUAUUCUUGGAUCCAUAUCUGCAAUCGCUUAUUACCUGGUGACGGCAGUUGCUGUCAACGAUGUAAUGAUAUUUAUCGCUCCAGCAGUUGGCUUAUUUGGCUCAUAUCCGAUUACUAUAAUACGGGCAAUGAUGUCCCAGUUUACCCCAAAAGAUAAACAAGGUGCAAUGUUUGGAAGUUUAGCUGCUAUUGAUGCUGUAUGUUCUUUGAUUGGAUCUGUAGCAUCAAAUGUACUUUAUGGUGCAACAGUUUCAAUAUAUACAGGACUUAUAUGGCUUGUAUUUGGUGGCUUCCAUUUGGCUGGCUUAUUAUUAUUUGGAUUGUUAUUGUAUAAAGAAGCAGCUGAAAAGAAAAACGUUGAAGACAAUACAACGGAAGAUGUUAAACUCGUAUAUGUCGUGAAGCUGUAAUGCGGUUAUAUAAUACUUUCUUAAACAUUUCGGACGAAAAAUUAA